AAAUGUCUAGUUCAUCUCGUCGUUCAAAUGAAAUUCCGAAGAAGCGUGGCAGAUCAGACGUGACUAAUGGCAGGAGAGAUAGUGACAGAAGUGACAGGCAUAGGUCAGAAAAGUCAAAAGAAGUAUUUACCCCUAAAGCCGAAAAAUCAAAAGAAACGUUGGCGGAGGAGCUCAAAACCAAAGAAUUUGUUUAUGAAGCAAAGAUGCAAAUUCAAGAGCGAAUGAAGGGAUUGGGUCUUCCAUUACAUCAAUUAUCUGCAAAAUCUGAUAAAUUCAACGAAACGGUAUUAAGGCCAGAUGAAGCUAUUGCAUUUGCACAAUUACACAUGGAAAAAGUACAGCGACUUAAUGAGAUGAAAACGAAAUUGGCUAAAAGCCUUUCUAACGUGAAUGUGAAGACUCCAUCACUUGUUCUUGAGUCUAUGGCUUCUGAUAAUAAAUGGGGUAUACUUUCUGAACAACAAUCGAAAUUGAAGCCUGUCAAAAAGGAAGAAGCGAAUUUUGAGGAGAAAAAUGCACAAACAACGCCCAUUUUGAAGAAAACUAUCGAGGCUGAGCCUGAUUCAAGUACUGGACCUGUUGUUGAUUUUCAGGAUCCUCGUCUUUAUCUAAAACCGGCAUUGCGUAAACGACGUCAUUUUGACUUUAAACAGCCUGGUGAAUAUGAAAAAAUGGCCAAAAUGCAGCGAUCUAAAGCUAAGCUUGAAAAGCUUCAGUCAGAAAUUGAAAAGGCGGCCAAGCAGACUGGCAUUUCUUCGGCUGUCAAAUUGGCUAUUGUUACGCCGAGUGGAUUGCCUGAAACGAGUACUGGUGAAUAUAUUCCUGAAGUUGAAUGGUGGGAUGAGGUUGUUCUAGGAAACGGAAAAAGAUAUGAAAACAUUCCCUCAGUUGUGGAUAUUGCUCCAUUGGAUCGAUAUGCUGACACAAUCACCGAUUUAGUUGAACAUCCUAUACAAUUGAAGCCACCUGACGAACCUGUCCAACCUCAAUACCUAAAGGCAAGUUUAACGAAGAAGGAACGAAAAAAAUUGCGCCGUCAAAAUCGUCGAGAAGCCAUAAAAGAAAAAACUGAAAAAAUUCGACUAGGACUUGACAAACCUCCAGAACCAAAAUUAAAAAUAAGCAACCUUAUGCGCGUCCUAGGGACUGAUGCUAUUCAAGAUCCAACAAAAAUGGAGGCAGUUGUUCGAAAACAAAUGGCUGAACGAGAACAAAAGCAUAUUGAUGAAAAUCGAAGUAGAAAAUUGACUCGUGAAGAAAAGGCUUCAAAGGCUAUUAGGAAAGUGGCAGAAGACACAUCUUUAGCUGUACAUGUUGCUGUCUACAAAGUUAAAUCCUUAGCAAACCCAGCAAAGAAAUUUAAAGUAUUAAUGAAUGCAAAACAAUUACAAAUGACUGGUACAAUUAUACAACUUGAAGAUAUUAAUGUUAUUAUUGUUGAAGGAGGUCCAAAACAACAAAAAUUUUAUAAAAAUUUAAUGCUCAAUCGAAUAAAAUGGAGUGAAGAAAUUGCUGGACAAAGGCAUGUACGUAAAGGGGCGCAAUUGGACGAGGAUUCUCAACAAAAUAAUCAAGGAAAAUUGAAUGAGUGUACAUUGGUUUGGGAAGGAAUUGUACAAAAACGAGCAUUUAAUGGAGAGCCGCGUUUUAUACAAGUUAGUAAUCACAAACAAGCUAGAGAAGUUCUUGAUAAAUACGGAGUAGCUCAUUAUUGGGAUCUUUGUUAUGCAACUUCAGUUUUACUUUCUGAUGAUAAAUAA